AUGAUAUUCAAGGUGUGUUCAGUAGACAGGUACACCAGUGAUGAUGGCGUCAUUACCUACGACUCAGGCUGUAAAUCAAAGGCGGUGUGUGAUAUAGCUGCCACUUCCAGUAUGCUGGUCGGUAGAAAUGUGGGAGGGAGUGCCUUCUGUCUCCAGUGUUGUAAUACCACCAACUGUAACGGCCAACUUUGUCACCAGGAUCGGGAAGUGACGACAGUACCGACUACUACCCCGGCCCCCGACACGUGCACAGAGGGACCCCAGUGUGCCUACCUCACCAGUACAUUUAACCUAUGCGAGGACCCAACGUCGGCUAGACAAAUCUGUCCGGUGUCUUGUGAGGUGUGUACACCGCCGACGUCUGCUCCCACCCCGUUGUGUGAGGACAGCCCGGAGUGUGAUGUGUUGUCUAUACAUUUCGCCAGUUCUAUGUGUAACGAGGAACACACACGCACGGUCAUAUGUCCACAGACGUGUCACUCAUGUGGCCAGUCAGUAGUUACCACUACAACUCCAACUACCACUACAACUCCAACUCCAACUACAACUCCAACUACGACUCCAACGACAACUCCCACUACAACUCCAACUACAACUACGACUCCAACGACAACUCCCACUUCCACUACAACUACCAUCCAGACAACUGCAAUCGACUUGGAGUGUAUAGAUAGCCCAACGUGUGCACACCUGCUGACAUUCCUGGACAUAUGCGGUGAUCCACAAUCUGCCAAGGAUGUUUGUCCAUCUUCCUGUAAGAAAUGUUUCUCUGGCACUCCCUCUACUGUCGCAGUUGUCACACAACCCGCUGUCAAACCAACACUUCGGGCGCCAGUGAUAUGCAAGGAUGAUCCAGACUGUGAAGUUUUACAGGAAAAUUUAAACAUCUGCGUUUCGGAUGUUUCAGCAACUGUUCUGGUCUGUCCUGUGUUGUGUGGGUUAUGUGAAAUAGCCGGGGACGGUCAUAACCAUUGGUUACAAUUUUCACAAACGAAUAAAACCAUUAAAUCAUCGGAAGCAAAGGCAACUGAACAACCACACAUUCCAACUUCGCCUCAACUACAAAAAGAUAUACUGUCACAAACAAAUGCUACGCAUGCGUGUCUUGACGAGGAUGACACGUGUCCAAAACUUAAAGAAGCGUUCCAUCUGUGUGGGGACGAGCAAAUGGUGGAACAGUUUGGCUGUUACAAUACCUGUAACAGAUGUGAUCUGGUACAUAUAUCUACGACGCCCAGUAAUAAACAGAUGAUCAACGAGCAGCUCGGUAGUAACCAUGGCAGCGAAACAAUACCGGUACCAACAAAGACGACAACGAAGACAACGCAAUUGUCGACGACGAUAAACGCGACUGUACCAACAACCUCUAUUACCAUACAAGACACGACGACCCAACGAACAGCACAUCACCAUAAUCAUGCGCCAAAGACGACAACUCAUCGAACGCCACAUCACCAUCACACGCAAGCGCCAAAGAUGACGACCCAGCCAACAACGCGCCAUCAUCACACGCAUGCGCAAAAGACGACGACCCAGCCAACAAUACACCACAGCAAUCACAAUGGCCACCACUCUCACACGCAAUGCGUUGACAUAUCUCAAAGUUGUUAUUCUUCUAAUUUUUUGAUAAGAAUUCACAUUUGCUUAUACUCUGGACACCUGUGCAAAAAGACAUGUAAUGCAUGCUAAAAUGUACAAUGUAAUAUAUAUUUUUUUUCAAAUCGGACGAAAGCCUCAUCAGUUCAUAAUUUUUAAAUUAUCAUCAUAAUUAAACUAUUUGCACGUGGAUGACUAUCGUGACACAAAGAUAUCUAAGAAAUUUGUCUGAAAAGUAUUUUAGUUUGUCAGGUUUGAACAACAAAACUGUGUUAUUAUUUAUGAUGCAAUAAUGUUUCCGUUGUAAUAUAAUAAAUUCGUGGA